AACUGAAGUAACAUUGUACCAUUUCUAAGCAGUACAUAAAUCCUGAGAGAUUACUCAUUCCUCCUCUGUGACUCUAGAACUGCUGCACAGCUCCAGCUGCACAGCCGUCUCAACACCAAACAAUAUGCAGUCCUUCAUCUCUCAACAGCAAACAAAUUUCCUCGUUGCCACUAUGAGCAAGUAUUCAUCCGCAGUGAAGAAUAUGGAGCAGACAGUCAUGCUUCCCAGCCUCCUUCAAGACAUCCCUUUGGAGGAUCAAAAUGAAGCAAAAGAUGUCUCAGUCAGUUCUCAGAACUUGUAUGAAUGCUACAUCCAGCUGAAAUACAUCAAAGACAUUGUGGAGAGCGGUCGUCUGCCCCUUGAAGAUUUGAAACGACAGAUCAACGAUGCCUAUGACCUGGAACAUGAAGACGAGACAAAUUUAGAGACACUUUUCUAUGUCCAUGUGAAGGGGCUCUGUGCUGUGUUGAAUACAUUGACCAAAAAAGCCAACAUGUUGACCAGCAGGUAUAAGGACAUGAUAGGAAUUUCUUUGUAGCUUUGAUGCAAAGAAGAGAAAGAUAACUGCUCAUCCAAGAAUGAACAACCUGAAAGAAAGAAUCUGAGGAGAAAGCAAGGUAACUUUUCUGUUUGGCCACUAACAAAGACCAAAAUAAAACCUUACAGACUUCCAACUGCAGAAUGUGUUGGGAAUGAUCCAGAAUGCACCAUUGGAUUUGUAUUUGCAAAAGUACCAACAAGCUUUUUGAGAGGAGACUUCAACUGUACUAAUUUUGCCAGCCACAAGGCAGAAAGAUUAAAUGUGCAGCACUUGUGAAUUUUAAAAUCAGCUGAUGAAACCUUCCUUCUGCAAGAAACAUUUUGGUAAACUGUAUUAUGAUGAAAAUGGCUGAUUCAACUAUUACAAUAUGCACAAUUUUCCUAAUGGUACAUGAUUUGUAUCAACGUGAACAAAAUGCAUUGUUCCCAUAUAUGGCACAAAUAAAAUUGGACAGAGUAUUUAAGAUAUGUUUUUUUCUCAUUUAUAUGCCUUUCUGUUCAAUAAUGUUGCAGUGUUAGGUUUCUGAUUACUUUUACCCCUGAAAGAAAUGGGGAAGAAGAACUCACUUUACUCUGGAUUCAAAGAAAUGAUUCUUCUCGAAGUAUCAAUUGUGAUUCAUUGGGUAGCACUUGCAAGUCAAUGGGCUGUAAAUUCAGGUCUCACUCCAAGAACCUGAUAAUUGUGAUCUGACUCCCCAAGGUAGUGUCUGCAUCAUUUUUUGGCUGAGACAUUAAAUGCUCAUAAGGCCACAAGAUGUAUUAGCAGAAGUAGGUCAAGUUCCCUCUGCCAUUCAAUGACACCUUGGCUGAUCAAAUAGUCCUCAACUCCACUCUCUCAUUUAUUCACAUAACCUUCGAUUCCCUUGCUAAUUAAAAAUCUGUCUAUCUCAGCCUUUAAUAUAUUAAACAACCCAGCCUCGGCAGUCCUCUGUGGCAAAGAAUUCCAAAGAUUCAAUACCCUCUGAGAGAAAUAUUUACUCCUCAUCUCUGUCUUAAAUAUGUGACCCCUUACUGAGAUUACAUCCUCUGAUCCUAGACUCUCCCCUAAAGGAAAACAACCUCCCUGCACUUCCCCUAUCAAGGCUCCUUAAGAAUUGUUUUAAAAAAGUCUCCCAUCAUUCUUCUAAAAGCCCAAUCUAUUAAACUUCACCUAAAAGAAAGUCCCUCCACACCCAGGAUCAGCCAUCGUUGUGGACCUUCUUUGGACUCCAAGGCAAAUAUAUCUUUCCUUAGAUAAGGGGACAAAAACUAUUCAUACUAUUCCAGGUGAGGUUUGACUAGUACCUUGUAUAGUUUUAGCAAGACCCCCCUAUUUUUAUACUCAAUUCCAUUUCAAAUACAAGCCAACAGUCCAUUUGUAUUCCCUAUUACAUAUUUGGCUGCUAAUGUUUUUGUGAUUCAUGCUCGAGAACCUUCCAAUCCCUCUGUUCUGCAGCCUCUUACAGUCUUCUUCUUUUUAAAUAAUACUCCCAUCUUCUAUUUUUCCCGUCAAGGUGCAUAACCUCAUACCUUCCCACAUUAUAUUCCAUCUGCCAAGCUUUUGCCCACUCACCUAGCCUGUCUGUAUCCCUCUGUAGAUUCAUAGUAAGAUUCUCAAUUGCUCACCACUUGCCUUUGUGCUUAUUUUUAUAUCGUGUAAAAGUUAAAGAUCCUAUGACACUAUUUCAAAGAAGUGCUGUUAUAGGAGUUCACCCCAGUGUUCUAGUUAAUUUAUGCCCCUCAGCCAACUCCAGAGAAAUAGAUUUUGGAGAUUAUCAUCUUGUAAAAAUUGAUGUAUAUAUGUAAAUCAUUCCCCCUUCAAUCUUCCUCGUGACUUUAGAAAAAUAGACAUCUUAUUGAAAGGUGUUAAUGCCUUUCAUCUCUCAGAGGGUAAAAAAGAAACAUUUCAUGAGCUUCCCUGGGUAACUGUGGGAGAGACAGGCUUUUUGCACAGAGAGGUAUUUUUUAAAGAAUAGAACACAAACAACCAGGGGAACAACUUGAGUUUUGUGAAGCAAGAUAGCAUCCCGGCAGACAGACAUGCAGCAAAAAAGAUAUUCCUUUCAUAUGGCACCUUUCACAGCAUCAGAAAAUCGUAAAGUCUUCUACAAUCUAUUAGUUACUUUUAUCGUUGAAUAAUAUUGGCUUGGACAACAGAUUAUAAAUGAAAGAGGACCACAGAGACAAUGCUUAUUGGCUACAGGACAUGAUACAUAAGGAUUAUUGUUUCUAAAUUAAAUAACGUGAUUCACCAUUGAUGGAAGCAUUGUAGUUUGUAGUACUUUCAACUGUUUUAUUAUGUGGCCACAAGUUGUACUAGGUAA